AGCAGUGACGAAGCAAGACUUCAUGCAGGAAAGCUGUUUCCAGAAGAGCGCAGUAUGGCGACUCCAGGAUCAGACAAUCCAAAUCCUCUAAAGCGCAGUAGGAGCUAUGAGUUGCUGCCACCUAACAUGUCAGAGCUGAGGGUUGUUCUGCUGGGGAACAGCUGGUGUGAGAGGAGUUCAGUGGGGAAAUUCAUACUGGGAGGGAUUGACUUUAACACUGAUGAAGAACCAGACUGCUGUCUGAGAGUCAGUGGAGUGCUGGAGGGGAAAAGACUAGUUGUGAUCAACACCCCAGAUCUGCUGCACACCAACAUCUCUGAACACAAACUGACAGAACAUGUGAACGGCUGUGUGAGUCUCUCUGAUCCUGGACCUCAUGUGUUCCUGCUGGUUCUACAGCCUGAAGACUUCACUGAGGAACACAAACUGAGACUCUGCAGAGUCCUGGGACGCUUCAGUGAUCAGUCAUUUGAUCAUUCACUGGUUCUGAUAUCACCGGCCAGAGAGGAGAGUUCAGGUUUAAUGGAACGAUACAUGGAAACACCCCCGUUACAAGACAUGAUCAGAAAAUGUAGAUACAGAUACCUGAAGCAGAAGAACCUUCAACAUCCAGAGCUGUUAACACGUUUGGGUCAAACUGCAAAGGAGAACAACGGAGAGCCUGUGAGCUGUGAUGUGUUCGUGGACACCUCAUCUUCGUCACCAGGUGAAGAUCAAAGUCAAAAACCAAAGGAAACACUCACAGAAGCUGUUCAAGCUGCUGGGCUGUUUGCUGUUAACACAAACACUGCACACUUCUCACUCCAACAGUUAUUCCCUGAGACUGACAAAUCUUCAUUCAGGAUUGUGCUGUUGGGAAAAAGUGUGGACAAAAAGCAAACACUUGGUAACUUCAUCAGAGAGGGCAAAGGUGGUCCUUCCUAUAAGUUUUUGUCAAACACACACUGGGUAAAAACCCAUGGAGAAUGGAGAGGAAAACAAUUAACAGUAGUGAAAACUGCAAACAUGUUCAGUCUUUGUGAAGAGAGCAUGAGAAGAGAGGUGAAGACCUGUGUGAGUCUUUGUCCUCCUGGACCCCAUGUCCUGCUGCUGUUAGUGAAGCCUUCUGAUUUCCCUGAAGAGAACAGACAAACUCUGAAGUUCAUCCUGAGUCUGUUUGGUCCAGAAGCUCUCAAACACUCAAUGGUCAUCAUGACACACAAAGAGAAAAAGACUCACGUUGUGGAUCAGCUGCUUGAAGACUGUGGAGGAAGACUCUACAACAUGUCUGACAGCAACCGUGACUCAUUAAUGGAGAAGAUUGAGAAAAUAGUUCAUGGAAACAAAGAAACGUUCCUCACCUUCACUGAAGACAAACCAGCUUUAAACCUGGUUCUGUGUGGGAGGAGAGGAGCAGGGAAGACUUCAGCAGCCAAGGCCAUUUUAGGUCAGACAGAGUUUGCUUCAGUCUCCAACUCAUCAGAGUGUGUUAAACAUCAGGGAGAGGUGUGUGGACGCCGGGUUUCCCUGGUGGAGCUUCCUGCUUUGUGUGGAGAGACUCAGGAGGAAGUGAUGGAGGAAUCAUUCAGGUGUAUCUCCCUCUGUGAUCCUGAGGGGGUUCAUGCCUUCAUCCUGGUCCUCCCUGUGGGUCCCCUCACUGAUGAAGACAAGGGAGAGUUAGAGACCAUCCAGAACACAUUCUGCUCUCGAGUCAACGACUUCAUCUUGAUUCUGUUCACUGUGGAGUCAGAUCCUACAGCUCCAGCUGUUGUUAACUUUCUAAAGGAGAACAAGGACAUCCAGGAGCUCUGUCAGAGCUGUGGAGGAAGAUACUUUGUUCUCAACAUCAAGGACCAGCAGCAGAUCUCAGAGCUGUUGGAUACUGUGGGAGAGACCAGAGUGGAAGGAUCCAGGUGCUUCACAAUGAAGAUGUUCACCAAGGCUCAGAUGGAGAAGAUUGUAGAACUUAAAGCUGAACUGCAGGAAGUUAAAACGAAAAGUAAGAUGGGAGAUGUUGAUGAAAGUCAGAGCAGAGAGUGUCUCAGGAUGGUUCUGAUUGGGAAAACUGGCAGUGGGAAGAGUGCAACUGGAAACACCAUUUUGGAGCAAAAUAAUUUUAAAUCCAUUGCCAGCACAGAGUCAGUGACCAAGUGUUGCGUAAAAGCAACAGGAGAGAUUGAUGGACGACCUGUCGCUGUGAUAGACACCCCUGGUUUGUUUGACACGACACUGUCCAAUGAUGAUGUUCAAGAGGAGCUUGUUAAAUGUAUUAGCAUGUUGUCUCCUGGACCUCAUGUGUUCUUACUGGUGCUGCCGAUCGGCCGAUUGACAAAAGAGGACAAAGACUCAGUGGAACUGAUCAAGAAAUGUUUUGGAAAGAAAUCUGGAGAUUUCAUCAUCAUUAUAUUCACCAGAGGAGAUGAUCUGAAUGAUGAAACAAUAGAGAGUUAUAUAGAACGGUCUGGUGACUUUCUGAAAAAACUGAUAAAUGACUGUGGAGGGAGAUACCAGGUCUUCAAUAACAAAGAUCAGACAAACCGCAUGCAAGUCAGAGAGCUGAUGAAGAAGUCCAACAAAAUGCUGAAGGGAAAUGGCGGCAGCUGCUACACCUCAGAGAUGUUCCAAGAGGCCGAGGCUGCCAUACAGAAGGAGGUGGAGAAGAUCCUGAAGGAGAAGGAAGAGGAAAUGCAGAGACAGAGGGAAGAGCUGCAAAGAAAACACGAGGAGGAAAUGGAAGAAAUAAAGAGAAGAAUGGAACAGGAGACAGCAGAAACUGAGCAGAAGAGAGCCAAACAGCUUCAGGAGAUGGAGGAAAAAAUCAAGAAGGAACAAGAGGAGAGAAGGAGGGAGGAGGAACUGAGAAAAAAAGAGGACAUGGAGAAUAAAAGGCAUGAGGAAAUUAAAAGAAAGGAAUGGGAGGCAAAACUUGAAGGAGAGUUGGAGCAGAGUAAAGAAAAGAUGAGAAAGCAAAAAGAAGACUGGGAGAAGGAGAGAGAAGAAUCAUGGGAAAAACAACGUCAAGAAAAUGAAAAGAGACGACGAGAGGAGCAAACAAAACUUCAGAAGUUGCAAGAAGAAUACGAUCAGGAAAAAGAAAAACAGGAACAGAAAAGAAAAGAAGAAGAUCAAAAGAGAAGAGAACAGCAGGAGGAGGAGAGAAAAGACUUAGAGGAGAAAUAUAAGAAAGAACUGGAGGAAAUGAAGAAGAAUUAUGAAGAGGAGGCCAGAAAACAAGCUGAAGAAUUCAACGAGUUCAGACAGAAAUACUCCAAGGACUUUACAGCCUUGGUGGAGAAGCACAUGGAGGAAAUAGAGGACCUGAAGAAAAAGCAGAAAAGACAAAUGCAAGAGACAGAAGAGAGCCAUGGCAAAGAUUACAAUCUGUUACAAGAUCUAUCAAAACACAAAGAGAACAGACCUAAAAGAACAAAUAGGAGAGAUGGAGAAAAAGCAUGAAGAAGAAAUAAAGGAACUAAAACAAAAAUACAAAGACAAGUGUAUCAUCCUCUGACCUUCCCACUGAGUCAGGAUCAUCAUGGUGUUAGCGGAUGGAACAUCACGUCAACUUCCUUUAACAGCAGGUUUCUGGAUGAUAACAGGGUCCAAUCAGGACAGUAAGAAAUACAACUGUUGUUUUUUUCACUUUGUAAAUAUUCUAAAUAACGAUUACAUGGUUUUCUGAAACCCCUAAUUAUUUUUAAUGACUGCAAAUGUUAACUAGCUUUACAAAAUAACUUUUUGUUUUCUAAUUAUCAAGAGAUCUACUGACCCUCAUGGUGAAGAUAACUUUUCCAUUUUAUGGACGUAAUGUUUGAGUAAAAUAAAAUCAGUAAUUUACAGAUCAGUUGGUGUCGGUGCACCUUUUCAACAAGCACAUUUAUUUUGUAAAUAUUUGCAUUGAGUCAAUCCUACUAGUGUUAGUGCUGCAGUCAUCAUAUCUGUAUGAGUUCUUUGUUUAUCGGUUGUCAUAUUCUUCUGGACACUGGGGGGUGAAGGUGAGCAGGGAUAUAGAGGAGCUCAGGAUCGGUGCAGGUGAUGUGAACCUGGGAUGAGCUCACACAGUGGCCAUGCACGCAAUAAAGUUUAUUAUUUUGCAUGAUUAAAAUAAACAGUUUUGGAAGUUAGAGAAGUCAUUUAUAUAUAUCAUUUGUGUUUAUUAAUUGAUUUCUUAGUAUAACUGUCAGGCUGAUAACCCACGUAUUCUUGAAUAUGAGUUGCUGGCCAGUCACUGCGACAACUUAACAGCACGUGAACUGUUUGUGUCAUAUUUAGAUUUCUUUAGAAAUAUAUCUUACAUAUUCAGAGCAUGUUCUGCCUCUAGAGGACGCCCUGUCUGUGAGCAGCUUGUUCUUAAAGUGUUGGGAUUCCUGUUCAAUGAUCUGCAGCCUGACUGCUGUUUGUCCCUGCAGAGAGAAUGUGCAUUAAAUAUGAUUCCUGUUCCUGUCAUUAUCAUUCAUUUACAAUGUGUUUUGCCUCAUUGUUGCUUUAAUAAAUAUAUAAUUCUCAUUC